AAGCCUUCCGAUUGGUUGGAGUCGCUAACUAGAGACCUCAUGCCUAUCAACUUUGACAACGUCUCUAAUUCAUCAAUCAUAAAAAGCAAGGUGGAAGAACUGAUUGAUCGAAUAGAAGACCAACCUCCAGCGCCACAAUAUCUAGCGUCACAACGAGCUGACCAACCAAGUUAUCUAUUUGACAUGAUUAAAUAUGAAUAUAAGCGAAAUCAUAGUCGUAUUGAACGUUUCAUCAAUCAACCAUAUCCUUUCCGAUAGAACAAAGUUACAUUAAUUUGGCAAUAAUAGAAACCAAAGAACAACAAGUAAAAGAAAAGAAGCUUCGUUAUACUAAGCAAAGCGAUGCAAUCAACGGUAUUUUUGAAGAAAUCUGUGGAACGAAGACUCCCCUAGAUGUCAAGGACAUAUUUCAAAACUGCAAGGAUAAAUCAAAACAGGCACUUGUACUUGGUCGAGCUGGAAUUGGAAAAUCAACAUUUUGCCGCUAUGUCGCAAAUCAAUGGGCAAACGAUGUAAUUUGGCCCCAAUACAAGUUAGUUAUUUUGCUUCCGUUGCGCAAUUUAACAGAAGACCGUUAUCCGAAAUUGCCACCUGGCUCUCGAUAUUCUUCGUAUAGCUUGGUGGAAACAGAAUAUCUUUUCGACCAUGGUUUCUUAGAGAAAGAUAGACAACUUCUCAAAGAGCAAUUUUCCAAGACUGACGUUUUAUGGCUUCUGGAUGGCUACGAUGAAAUUGGGCAAAAUUUACCAGCACAUUUGAAAGGUUUAAUCGAACACUUACAUAAGAAUACGCACCAUAUUUUAACAUCUCGCCCAUACUUCUAUACUUUAUCCUACUCUGUGCAAUUGGAAAUUACAGGCUUUACAGAUGAUAAUAUCGCGAAGUACGUGACUCGGUUCUUCGAUCAGAUCGAAGAUCAAUUGCAAGAUGCAUCGUCCGAAGACCAAAAACUUCUGACCUUCCUAAAAUUGAACAGAAGCAUUUGGGGUGUUGCACACAUUCCGAUAAAUCUAGAACUAAUUUGCAGUGUUUGGAGUAACGCUGACUGGUCAGAAACAAAAACAUUAACAAUGACAGGACUGUACGAUAACAUUACCGAAUGGUUAUGUCGACGAUAUAUGACAAGGCAAAACAAAACUAUUCAAAUGAGUAAAGAUGAUAUAAUUAAACAUUCCCAUAACGAACUGACAUUCUUGGAAACAUUAGCAUUUAAAGGAAUGGAAAACAACACUAUUAUUCUACGACCAAAGUUGUUACAAGAAGCUUUCACCGAAACUGGCUACUCGUCAAGUGGCUUCGUGGACUUGCUCCAUAUCGGUAUUCUAAAAUCAUUGAUGGAAACGCCAACUGGUACUCAAAUCGAAGUAGAGAAAAAGCAUUAUUUUGUACAUCUUAGCUUUCAAGAAUAUUUUGCAGCACGAUACUUGGUUACCGCUCUCAACGAAGCCCCUACAUAG